GAUUUUCGUCCAAUUGCACAAUUUUUUAGUGAUCCAUAAAUUCAUUAAAAUUUACGUGAUUUUAUGUCCUGUUUAUUUAUUAACUGUACAUUUUAAUGUAAUACGGUGCUAGCGGAACUAUUGAGUGGUAGAGCAACACUAGCGGACUGUAAUGUCGGCCCGAACCGUUGUGUCGAGCACUUUUCAAUGUAACACCUGCUGAAUCCAUGUGAGGUAAUAUUUCAGCAAUUUCUCUGCACAUAAAGAUGCAGCGUCUCUACGUGGGCGGUUUAAGCCACUCAGUCACCCAGAAAGAUCUAACGGAUCGGUUUGGCAAAUUUGGAAAAGUGGAAGAUGUGGAGCUCCGGACCCGGCGGGACGAUGAGGGCGUUCCCUACAAAACAUUUGCUUACAUCAACCUCAGCAUUUCCACCACAGACCUGAAGAAGUGCAUGACGGUGUUAAACAAAUCCAAAUGGAAAGGAGGAACGCUGCAAAUUGAACCUGCCAAGGAGAGUUUCCUGCACAAGCUGGCUCAGGAGAGGCAAUUGGAGCAGCAGCGCCCCCGUCAGGAUACAGACAACAAACAGCAAAAUGCCCCCAAGCUGCUGGAGUCUCUCAGCAAAGCCGGUGUGGAAAAUUUCACCAUGAAGGCGGCCGUGCCGGGCACAGAAGUACCAGGACACAAGGACUGGGUGGUCAGUAAAUAUGGCCGCGUGCUGCCGGUCAUGCAGCUGCGCCGUAAGAAAGGCACCAAAACUUGCACCAUCAAAUAUGACCCGUCCAAAUACUGCCACAACAUCCGGCGCUUGGACCCAGCCACUGCCGUCGCUGACCCUUCUACCCCCGUAGCCCAGCUCACCUGGCAGAUGAACGGCGGCGACGAUGACAUCAGCAGGAAGAGACGAGGAGAGUUCCCUCCGUAUCGCCCACCGAAGCCCAAAAGGACUCACACAGAUGCGCUCGAAUCCAUUCGAGCUGCUAACCAAGCCAGACCGGCGCAGGUUGUCAGCUGCGCCAAGCUAAAGAAUCAUCAGCCGAUGAAUGAAUUCGUGCCGGCAAACGACAAGCGUCCGGUCCAGAGGAGGGAACGCGCACGUUACGAGGACAGCGAUUCGGAAGAGGAGAUGCGACGGUUGGUGGCGCUUGAGCAGUCUUCCCGCAAUCCGCCAGGGAGGCACGUGGAGGACGACAACCUGGAAGUGGUGGGAUACGACUACUUAGUCACCUUCGGAGGAUCCCGGCAGAAGUAUCGAGGUGGCCCAAUGAACCAAGAUGAGGACGAUUAUGACUCUGCUGACACGGACGAACUCUUCACUUCAAGGAAACGUCCUCUUCCACCACGGGAGAACAUCUCAGGAGAAAGGACGGCAGCGCCGAAGAGAAAACGUAAAGAGCAGGACAAAGGGACAAAGAAAACGGCUGUUCUUUCCAAGGAAGCCGAGGAAGACUCUACUGGCACUGAGGAAAUGGCCGCUUCCAGGAAGCCUUCUCUUCCUAAGAAGAAGAACAUCCUUAAAGAAAGAACAGGAAAGGCAAAGAGGGAAACCAAAGAAGACAACGAGGGUUCAAUGGAGAUGAUGACCGUCCAUUCCGAGGAAGACGAGGACAAGAUGGACUCUGCCGAUUCCGAUUACGAGGCCAUGUUCGCCAACGUCACUCGUCUGGAAAUCUCCCUGGCUGAUCUCCAGAAGCUGGCCCAGGAAAAUCUGGAGAAGCGUCCCCCGCCGGAUGCUCAAGUCUCGCCGGCACACGUCCCCAAGCGAGGAACGCUGCCUGAGGACAUCCUGGCCGCCCUCCUGGGGGACGACGGCAGCGACGACGAACGGGAAGCCAGGAAGGAGAAGAAAAAAGGGAGACGGGUCGCCAGGACGUCGCUUCCCCCCUUUCGGGGCACGGCCACGCUCGACGAAGAUGCGCUCAAGAAAACGGACGUGCCAGAAAACACGAAGGACAAGUCGGAUGGGUCUUCAUUCGAGGAGGAGGCGAAGGCGGCGGUGGACAAACAGGAAGAAGUUUCUAAUGACUCGGAGGAACUUCCUGUCUCCAGGAAACCUUCUCUUCCUCCUCAGAAGAACAUCUCCGAAGAAAGAACGGGAACGCCCGAGAGAAAAAUCAAAGACGACGACGAGAGGUCGAAGGAGAUGACCGUCCCUUCCGAGGAAGACGAGGAUGAGGUGGACUCUGACGAAUCCGACGAUGAGGCCACCUUCCCCGACGUCCCGCGUCUGGAAAUCUCCCUGGCUUAUCUCCGAAAAAAGUCCACGCACAGCUUGGAGAAGCGAGCUCCACCAAAUGCCCGAGUCACAUCGGCACCCGUCCCCAAGCGAGGAAUGUUGCCUGAGGACCACCUGCCUACUUGCUUAGGUGACAGCAGUAGCGAGGACGAACGGGAAGCCAAGAAGGAAGAGCAGAAAGGGAGCACGGUCGCCAGAAGAAGGCUUCCCCCUUUUCAGGGCACGGCCACUCUCGACGAGGGGGCGCCAAAGACAACGGGCGCGCCAGAGAACAAGAAAGGCGAGUCAGAUGGGUCUUCGUCUUCAUCCGAGGAGGAGGCGGAGGAGGCGGAGGAGGCGGUGGCGGCGCCCCGUCCGAGGCUGAGCGCUCGGGAGGAAGAGGAGCGUCAGAGGAAGGACAACAAGAGGAGACUGGCGGCCGUCGAGCGCAGGCGAAAGGAGGCCGAGGAGCACAAGAAGCUGAUCCAGGGGGCGCUUGCCAACCUGGAUGCUGUGACUCCAAGAACGGGAAAGCACAUCGUCUUCAAUUUCGACGACGACGACGAGCCCACAGCGCUCGCCGCCGACGAGAGCGUUCCCGUCGGACACGAGGUGAGCCGCUCGCUUUUAACCGGCACUUUCAAACAAGUCGGCAGGCUCCUUUCCAACGCGUGUUGCAUUCAGGACCGCGCCGCGGCGUCGGGGCCUCGACUUUUCGGCAGCAGUGAGGAUGAGGAUGAGGAGGACGGUGAUGAAGAGGAAGACGGCGGCAGGUUCCACAUCAAGCCUCAGUUUGAAGGCCAAGCAGGACAAAAGCUGAUGGAGUUGCAGUCUCGCUUCGGCACGGACGAGCGUUUCCGGAUGGACUCUCGUUUCCUGGAGGAAGAGGACGAGGAAGACGACAAGGAAGAGUCGGACGACGAUGGCGGUGCAGAGGUCAAAACAAGCGCGGCGGAGGAUGAGGGCUUUCUGCAGGAGGAGAAGAAGAGGAACAUGUCUAUCCUGCAGGGCCUUCUGGGACAUCAAGCCAACAGCGCAAAGCCCUCCGCCAAGACCAAAACCUUCAGAGAUGUGUCGGCGUUGCACUACGACCCCAGCAGAGAAGAGCAUGCCGCCUUCGAAAGCAAAGUAGACGGCAACAAGAAAAGCAAGUCGGCACGACGGAAGAAGCGCGAGGAGGCUCAGAAGCUUCCGGAGGUUUCCAAGGAGAUCUUCUACAAUGUGUCGGACGACUUGAAGGCCAAGUUCGGACCCGCCGCCGUCCAAAAGCCCGCCGAGCAGCCCAAGGCCAGCUGGGAUGAAGAGGAGGAGAAAGAUGAGAAAGAUGAGGAGCAGCCCCCACCAGAAGAAGCUUCCGGGUUCAUGUUCUCCUUCUUCGGCGACGAUAUCCAGACAGCGAGCGAACACAAAGAGUACAAGGCAGAGAGCAUCCAGGCCGCAAAGGUGUUCCGGUGGCAACAAGACCCUCGUCUACAAGACAGCAGCGAGGAUGACGAGGAUGAAGAGGAAGUGCAGCAGGAGGAAAGCAGCGCAGCGCCUAAAGACACAACAGAGGAAAUGGUUUCAUCCUCAAACAAUUUCUUCUUCUUCCGCCUUGAUGACAGCAGAUUGAUAGAGGGUCCCGAGUGGUUCUGUCGCUCGUCUCAGCUGGAGGAGGAGCGAGAAGAGUGGGAGGAGCGACGAACGGAGCUCAGACAGGAGUACCGCAAGAAACACAAGGAUGCCUGCAGGAAGCUCAAAUCCUCACAAAAGACUUGAACGUUUUCAACUUCACACAAGAUUUUUCUUUUUUGUAAAUAAAAGGAAUAUACAACCCAAUUUCAGAGAAAGGAUAAUAUCACUUAUCUAAUAAUGCAUAGCUAUUAAUUUCUCUUCUUUUGGCAUUUCUUUUGUCAGCUAUUGUCUUCCAUACCGCAACACAUUUUUGACAACCACAAUGUUUUUGUGCCUUCAAGUAUUUUCAAUGACAUCAGCCAAAUAAAUGA